AUGUCUAAUUUUAUGAACAAGUUAUCUGAUAAGUUUUCUGGUAACGACAAGAAGUCUGGCAAAGACUAUAACCAAGGAGACAACAUGGGUAGUGGAAACUACGAUUCUUCAAGACAAGAUUCUGGAUAUAUGGGCCAAUCUAUGGGGACUGGUGGGUAUGACAACUCUGGAUCUGGUGGAUAUGACAACUCUGGCAUUGGUGGCUCAAACCUUGGUGAAGAUGACAAAAUUGACUGGAACCGCGGUGGUGAUUCACAAGACUACAGCCAAUCUCAAUACGGUGCUCAAGGUACUAACGAUGACUACAUGAAGAAGGGCAAAGGUAUGUCUGGAAUGAGUAAGAGGGGUCAAGAAAGAAACACCAGAAGCCAAACCAGACAAAAAAUGAACGAAGACUUGGAUAACCCAGAUUAUGGGGACUCUGGUAACACUGGCUAUUAA